CCCGGCCAUGGCGGCCCCCGCGCGGCGGCUGCAGCUGACGCUGGCGCUGCUCAAGCCGGACGCCGUGGCCCAUCCGCUCGUGUGCGAGGCCGUGCACGCCGCCAUCCUCCGUCAUCGCUUCCUCAUCGUCCGCGCCAAGGAGGUGCGGUGCGGCGCGGAGCAGAGCCGCCGCUUCUACCGGGAGCACGCAGGGCGUUUCUUCUACCAGCGGCUGGUGGAGUUCAUGGCCAGUGGCCCCAUGUGGGCUUACAUCCUGGCCCAUGAGAACGCUGUCCCUCUCUGGAGAUCCCUGAUGGGACCCACUAAAGUGUUCCGAGCCCGACACAGCAACCCAGACUCCAUCCGAGGUGCCUACGGCCUUACGGACACCAGGAACACGACCCAUGGCUCAGACUCAGCUGCCUCAGCCAGCAGAGAAAUUGCCUUUUUCUUCCCCGAGUUCGACGAGCAGCGCUGGUACGAGCAGGAGGAGCCGCGGCUGCGGCACGGGCAGCUGUUCCACGGCGCCCAGGAGUGCCGGCCCGGGGCUCAGCCCGCACAGGUGACCCCAGUGAGCGGGCAGGGGGUGCUGUGCUGGCCUGGCAGCCCUGGGCGCACUCUCCUGGGCAGCAGACACAGAGCUGUGCUGCGUGCGGGGAGCCUGGAGGGGGAAAGCAGCCUUGUGCUGCCUGGGAGCAGAUUAUUGCUGUAACAGGCAGGUGCUGGGGGCUGUAGGAAGAGUUCCCCCAGCAGUGCUCAUGCUGACAGUCUGGCCAUGCAGCUCACUGGCUCCCUGAGUUUUUUUGGAUAUGAACAGGACAGGUGAGUUGGUCAAGGGCCAGGUGAAGAAUAGGUUGCUUGUUCCAGAUGGGAUUGGCCUGGGUUUGCUGAUGGGAAGCCUCAGAUUCUCCCAGCUGGCUGUUCCCACAAUGCCUUAGGGAGAAAAGAAGGAAGAAGAACGUGAAGAAAGUUCAUCAGCAGGGCAAGAUGAACUGUCCUGUCCUUGCUCACCUGCAACUGGGCUGGGAAACGAGGAGCUUUGCCAAUAGCUGUGCAUGUGAGAGCACUUGGAGCCCUCAGUGUCCAUGGCCCGACGGUGCCAGGGCAGUUCCGUGUCUGUGGGAGAUGGGAUGAACACGGCCAUGGAAUUACCCAGAUGUGUGGUGGAACUGUGACAGGGCAGUGCAGGAGGGCUUAGCUGGGAGGCACAGAGCCAGGUCCUGGCGGCUGAUUUGCGUUUCUCUCUGUGAUGCUCUGUGUGUUCCUCAACGGGGUUUCAGUCCGUUUGUGCUGUCCCCCUAUGGGCUCCUUGCAGAGCUGCCAUUUUAGUUCCAGUGCCCUGUUGGAAUUUCCUUUGGGCAGUCCCAAAUGCUCGGGCUGGGGAAGGUGUGCUGUGCUCGGGGCAGGAGAGCUGCGCUGAGAUCCAGCAGAGCCCUGGCACACCACAGAGCCAGGGCAGGGACUCUCCAGGUGCUUCCAGAACCCCGUGAACUGUUGGGUAGUGACUGACUGACUGUGGGGUGGAAAGCACGGCCCAGACUCGCCCAGCUCACGUGUUUGUGCUCCCUCCUCCUUCUGUCUGGGAUCAAAUGGUCGUUGUUCUGUUCCAGGGACAGAGCCAGGGAUCUGCAGGACACCACUGCUGCCCCUGUCCUCAGCAGUGUCCGGAGUGGAUCUGCUCAGGAUCCUGUGUGUCUUCA